GUAGCUCACAGCGAAUAUACGUUCACCAACAAACAAGUCCGAGAUUCACGUGGGGCAGAGUGUCAACAUGGGGAAAAAAAGACACAACAAACAACUUCUUAGCAGUUUGUCCAAAAAACAGAAGAAACACUUGAAAGAGUUUGGAGAGGAGCAUCCCUUUCACGACGUAGUCAAUGACAAAUCUGAAAGGACUCAAAUAGUCAAACUGGCACCGAGCCCAGAACACUCUGAUGCUGAGCCGGAUGAUUUGGAGGAGGAAAUUGAGGACCAAGAGCAGAAAACAGCCUAUCAGAAACUUCUUUCGACCCUUAGUCAACCCAACCACAAUGACCAAAGUGAAGAGGACAGCACUGAUGAAGAGGAGCUUGUUGAUGAAGAAAACUGUGCUGCUGUUGACCAAGAUGAUGGCGUUGAAGAGGCUGAGGAGGAGGAGGAAGAACCCGAAGAUUCUGGAGUAGGCCUUUCUCAGUCACCAGAAGGCAAGGAGGCGGUGGCGGCAGGGAAUGAAGAAUUUAUUGACAAGGAAAAUGAGUCCCAAUUCUGCCUGGAGAGCAACUUGACUGAUGAAAGGGGACAAGAGGACAUUGAUGAUGACAUUGCUGAACGAGACAAAGAUCUCUUUUGCCAGCAUUUGGACACAGAGUUGAGUGAAGAUGAUGUGCAAACCAUGACAUCAGGCACCAAAGCAAAGACUCAGAUCUCGUGGCCAAAAUUGGGCUCGCUUCUUUGCGUCACACCCUUGGAGAGCUUCGGCCCCAUCCGCUCGUACAAAGACACCCAGCCCCCCGCUUUCCACAAACUCUUGGAAGCCAGUCGGAAGAACAUCAACACGUCUGGAAAUUCCACGGAGAAAGCCGAGGAGACGAGCCCUCUCCAGUUGGAGCUGUUGGCUCUCAUGGGAACCUACAAAGACCUCUACUAUCCCGAGAGCUGCCCUUUGAAAGUGGGCCCGCAGGUCCGAAGCGCUUACUGCCUCCAUGUUCUCAACCACGUGCUGAAAGCCAACUCCCGCGUCUUAGCUCACAACGCUCAGCUCAAAGAGCGUCAGCAGCAGGCUAAGCGUGGAGAGGUGUUACAAGAUGAACCGAGAGACCAAGGUCUAACCCGACCCAAGGUCCUGAUUGUCGUGCCGUUCCGAGGCGGAGCGCUCCGCGUGGUCCAAACUCUCAUCACUUUGCUGGAGAGCAAAGGCAAGAAGAUGGUCGUCAGCAACAAGAAGCGCUUCAAAGACGAGUUCGGAGAGGCUCCGGAUGACAAAGGGGCCAAUCUGCGCAGACCGGACGAUUACCGCGCCACGUUCUCCGGCAACGUGGACGAUCACUUCAGGAUCGGUGUCUCCAUCAUCAAGGGCAACAUGCGGCUCUUCUCGCCCUUCUACUCAUCAGACAUCAUCAUCGCUUCUCCGCUGGGCCUGCGCACGGUCAUGGGAGUGGAAGGAGAAUACCACAGGGACUUUGACUUCCUCUCCUCCAUCCAGAUACUUGUCGUGGACAAGGCUGACGUCUUCCUGAUGCAGAACUGGGAACACGUCUUGCACGUGAUGAAGCACAUGAACCUGCAGCCGCUGGACUCGCACGGAGUGGACUUUUCCAGGGUGCGAAUGUGGAAUCUCAACAACUGGGCCAGACAUUACCGGCAAACGCUUGUGUUCAGUUCCAUCCCGGACCCUCAGAUCAACAACAUCCUCACCAAGCAGUGUGCCAACUACCGCGGACAGAUUUCGGUCAAGAACGUCCCCACAGCAGGCUCCAUAUGCCAAGUUCUCGUUCAGCUGCCCCAUGUCUUCCAGAUGUUCUCCUCGGACAGCUUCUUGAAUCACGACGCAAGGUUUGAGUUCUUUGUGGAUAAAGUGCUGCCUCAGUACCGGGACUCUGUCAUGUCGCACACUCUCAUCUACAUUCCGUCUUACUUUGACUUUGUACGGUUGCGCAACUACAUGAAGAAGCAGGAAAUGAGCUUCGCAAGCGUGUGCGAAUAUUCCCGCAAAUCCGAGAUGUGUCGGGCAAGGCAUUUUUUCCAGAAGGGUGACAAGCACUUCAUGCUUUUUACGGAACGCUUCCACUUCUACAAGCGGUACACCAUCAAAGGAAUUCAGAAUCUGAUAUUUUAUGGGCUUCCCUCCUUCCCGCACUUCUACAGUGAGGUGUGUAACAUGCUGGCAACGGGGGCUCAGGGACAGGAAGCCAGUUGGACGUGCACGGCCCUCUAUUCCCGCUUUGACGCCCACAAACUGGCUGCCGUCACCGGUGCCCAGCGAGCCGCACAGAUGCUGCGCUCCAACAAAAGCCUUCACCUCUUUGUUACAGGAGGCGAAGAGAAAUCCUCCUGAAUGCGCUGGCCGCUGAGUGAGACUUGAUCAUGUGCCAGGUGCCAUGCACCGUGCGUGGGCAAUAAACAACGUGCUGCAAUUUCAUUUUCACUCAGAUGUUUCAAAAGUUUGCAAAUAAAUCUUUUACUGGCUUUGUUAACAU